UCUUCAACCCUAACUCUCAUUUCUUCCCCUCUCUCUCUCUCUUCUCUCUCUCUCUGUUUCACAGAGACACAUGAAAUCACCCGUCACUUCGCACCAAACUUCUUUGUAGCAGCAGAUUAUGGGGAAAUACAUGCGGAAGCCCAAAUCCACCAGAGACCUCGACGUAUCUCACUCUCCCCUCGGCGUCCGUACCCGCGCCAGAACCCUAGCCCUCCAGCGCCUCAAUUCCUCCGCCGCCGAUUACCUCCAGCUCCGCUCCCGCCGCCUCCAGAAGCCGCCGCUCCUCAAGCAAUACCUCCAGGAUUCCCCCAAAAUUACACCUCCUCCUAAACAGGGCUUCGUUUGUACAGAUGGUGAAAACCCCCAAAUUGGAGGCUCGACGCCAGAGAUUCCGGAUUCUCCAAUUGAGCCCGCCAAGGGAGUUUCCGAGUGGCUGAGUGGGAGCUCGCGAAUUGGGGAUUCGGAGAUUGAGGCGUCUUUUGGUGAAAAUGAUUUGGAUACGGAAUCUCGAGAUAGGUGCACCAGAGAAAGCACCCCUUGUAGUAUGAUCAGAGCUGCUGACAGUACCACAGCACCCGGGUCUUCAACAAAGCAAAGAAGUCCCAGUGUUUCCAAUCAAAGGCCCGAAAAUGCACGUAUAAAUAUACCCACAGCUCGCGAGAUGGAGGAGUUUUUUUCCCAUGCAGAGCAGCCGCAAGAACGCCUCUUCAUGGAAAAGUAUAAUUUCGACAUUGUUAAUGAUUUGCCCCUCCCAGGCCGUUAUGAGUGGGUAAGAGUGAUGCCGUGAGCAGAGAUUUGAUUGUGAUAUCGGGCGAUGGGGUGACUGUAACUUAUCAUGGUUAGAAUCUCAUGGAGAAAGAAGUAUAAUAAAUAAGCCACUCCUGCAAUCCUUCAUUGCUGGGUAACAUGUAGGAAACUGUAAUCUCAGUGAUUGUAGAAAUACUAGGGCAGGGUUGGGUCGGGUCGUUGCAGACUAACCCCAUUUCUAGAAGUAGAAUCCGCACAGAAUGUAACAUUAGGCUCUGAUAAAGUUCCAUUCAUGUAACUUGCACUCAAAGUUACUUACUUAGGUGCUAACUGUUCAUUUUUCUUAUCA